AUGGGCCUCUACCACAUUGUGCUUUUUAAAUUUAAGAAAGAUACCCAGCCAGAAGAUCUCGAAAAACUGGCUUCCCUGAGUGGCGCCAUGAUUGGGGAAGUCUCUGGCCUGGUGGACAUGAAAACUGGCCCCCCCUUGGCUGCCACUAGUAUUCGAGCCAAGGGAUUCGAAUACGCAGCCGUGGCGACCCUGGAAGGAGUCCAAUUUCUGGAAGGCUAUGUCAAGAACCCUAUCCAUGGCGAACUGAUCGCACUGGUAGGAAAGAUUGCCGACGAGACUGUCGCCUUUGACUUGGAAUUCUAG